GGUGGAAGGUAGUACAGCUGGUGACGAACGUUGUCAGCAAACUAUCAGCCCUGCGCAAAUGCGCACCCAUUGGGUUACUUACUCGUGCCCUCCUCCACUGUCUCCGCCUGAGCAGUCUUCGUCUGCUGCGCAGCGUCCUCUACGAUGCCAUCGUUUAUCUUGGGGAACGCGGUAUUGACUGCGUUUGAGGCCUCCUCAGUGAAGUUGACCGGAGGGGCAGGCGCGGGGACCGGGGCGGCGGUGUCAGUAACGGUGGCCACGGGUGCCGCAGUCACUGCAGGAGCAGUCUCGGCAGCGACGGCUUCGCUCUCACUCUUGGCGACAGUCUCAGGGAUGGUGGUCUCGGGCGCUGAAGUCACACCAGUGUCGGCACCAGCAGCGACGGCUUCAACUUCGCUUUCGUCCUUGGUGACUGUCUCGGGGACAACAGCCUCAGGCGCAGUGGUGUCAGUGACGCCUGCCUCGGUAGCGACAGCUUCGAGCUCACUGUCGCUCUUGGUGACUGUUUCCUCGACCUCGUUGGCUGGUACACUGUUCCGGAGAGAAAAAUGUCAGUGUCAUUGUGCGAAACAAGACCGCGAUGACGAAACAACAGCACAAUUGCGGGUGCGAUUGAGUUCUACUCACACAUUGUUGGGGGCAUCGACUGCUUUCUUUGCGGCAGCGGCAGCACCGCCGCUCUUCUUGCCCUUGUUCUUGUUCUUUCCUCCUUUCUUAGGCAUUGUGAUGGAUUAUCCUGUGCAGCAACAAUAUUGUUAGUGCACUGGCGAUGACGACAACGAGUCAAUUCAGCAGUGGGUGGACAAAACCUACAGUCUGUGCGAACGGAAUGGACACGAGUCGUGGAUGCGAAACGUCGAGGUCGUGCGAUUCCGAGAAUGGGGAUUAAGAACCAACGGCAGAUGAAGUGGGAAGUUAGGGGCGGGCUGGUCUGGUAUGUUGCCCUGUGGCCCUUUCCGAUUGCCUAAAUCGAUUCGGGGAACGUUAAUCCGUGGAGGGCCGGGUCAAGGUGCAAUUAAUUUGCGGGUAACACUGAACCACCGGCGCUUGGAUUGAUUUCAAGCUGGACGCGACCAGUGCAAUUCAAUGUAGGUAGACCU